AAAUCGCAGCCAUGGUGCGCUAAACCUUCGCCAUGGGCGGCAUUUGGGAGGUGGUGGGAGGCGAAGAGAAAGGUGGCGUCAUCGUGCGCACGGACGGCCUAGCUGACUCCACCGUGGGAAGGCUCAGCACAGGCGCAUAUGUCGAAGAGUUGGGUCGCGAAGCGCAGCGCGGCGUGCGCUUCCGGCGGCUCUGCGGCUUGGGGCCGCAGGAAGGGUGGCUCAAGGAAUCUGUGCUGGAGCGUCCAAGCAAUAUCUGGCAAGUGACGGGGGGAAGAAACAAAGGUGGCAUUUUGGUCCGUGAAAAAUGUGAGACAUCUUCUCCGCCUCUUGCGGAGCGACUCAGCACUGGAGCCUUGGUGCGAGAGCUGGAACGCCAGGAAGAUCGACUCUGCUUUCAACGGCUCACGGGAACGGGGCCCGACUCUGGCUGGGUCAGUUUGCGUUUGCAGGGGGGACAAGCUCUGCUUGAGCCGCUGGAUUUCGCUAAUAUGCAGGGCCAAAAAAAGACCUCCGUCUAUGACGGCAUUGACCUUGAGAUUCAGAUGUUCAACGAGGAGAAGCAUUUCUCCUACGCCCAGCUGCCUCCGUGGGCCCCCACUGCUGCGGCGGUGGCACGGCUCUGGCGCCAGCAGAAACCCUUUCCACCCACCAGGCAGACUGGGGAAGAACGGGAAGUGAAGCAAUUGGCGCCUCACAAAAUGUUGAGCCUGAAGCAAUUGGAGGAGAUGUCAAAGCAGCAUCUGCCAGGAUGUUUCUAUGGCCUCACAUUUCCUCAGUCCUCCCAGGAAAUGGCGUCGGAGGACUUCGGCCCAGCAUGGCUCACCAAAGCCUUCCACACGGCAGGAACUCUGCCCAAAGACAAUCGUGUGGUGAAGAUUCACAGUGUCGAAGAGCUGGCGGUGAAGGGUUUCGAUGCCGCCGGUGGCGCUGCCAUGAAGAUGUUCUUGACGGUGGAAUAUGAGAAAGCAGAUCCCGAGCUGCACACUGAGCUCUUCUGCAAAUAUCCGUAUUCCUAUGAGGAAUACCCCGUAGAACGAAGACAAUUAGCCUAUGGCGACGCGGAUGGUCCGGAGAUCCUGGUCCAAAUGUCGUUGACGCAUCUCUUUCCCUUUCGCACCGCCAAGUUCUACUUCGGGGACGUCUGUCGAGAGACGACCAACUACAUCCUGAUUUCGGAGAAGAUUUCCUUCUCACGACGCGGACGAGUGGAGAAGGGUAAAGUGGUGGAGGAGAUUGAGUACGAACCAUACCAGCUGGGGCAUGCUGCCUUUUGGCCACGUCACGCCAAAGCUGUACAUCCCAGGCCCAAUGCCGCCUUGGGAUUUUCUGUGCCGUUUGCUGCGUGCUCCCUGGUCUCGAGCAUGGGGCUUCAACAUUGGCCGCACUUCAUUCAUUGCGAAACGCUGGCAGACUGCUGCCAUGCUGUGGCUUCAGUUCUGGCAGCGACUGCUGCCAUGGCUGCCACACUCUGGGCCCAUCAGUUGGCCUGGCCAUUGGUCGGCUCCGAAGUUGAUCCAUCAUCUGGUCCAUCAGCGGAUCUCUCUUGCAGGGCCAGUCAGAAGGCAGCUGCCCAGACUCAGGCUAAGCUGCAUGGAUUGAACUCCACCAGCACGUUCAGAAAUGAAGUGGCCCAGUGCCAGGAUGACAGCGCGAUCGGCAGGGUCUUAGCAAUGGACCAACAACAAGCGGCACAGGUCCUCCAGUCGCUCCAGGAACUACAGACCGAGGUCAAUCGACUAAGAGGCCGAGAAGCUGAACUGACAGCACAGGUCGCUUCUUUUGGUGCCGGUUCGGCUGCUUCAGCUGGACCUGGCAGUGCACUGGCACAGUUGGUGCAGUCACAAAAGGAGCUUGUGGACGCCCUUAGAUCGAAAGAACAAGUCCGGUUGGUCGACAACAAGGGCCUUGGCAAGCCCGACAAGUUUGAUGGGACAGCCGAAAGAUUCUUGUCAUGGAAAAUCAAGACGUCCUCCUAUCUUGCAAGUGUUCGCAAAGACCUUCGUGAGAUUCUGGUUUGGGCCGAAGAUUGCGAUCAUGCAAUCACUGCAGAUGACAUCGACAAGGCUUUUGGGAGUCAAGCAGAUGCCAUUGACCAGGUGUCGAACAUCAGUGAAUUGAGACGCGAGCUUUGGGACGCGCUGCUAAUGCUGACAGAGCGUGAGCCCUUUGACAUCGUGCUGAACACCGGGGAAUGCGGCAUCGAAAGCUGGAGAAAGCUCACGCGGAGGUACGACCCAUCCACUGGUGGUCGCAAACGCGCUCUCCUCAAUGCAAUCUUGUCACCGGCUCGAUCCAAGAUGGAAGAUUUGCCGUCCAACCUGGAGAAGCUUCUUGACAGCAUCAGACUUUAUGAACGUCGCAAAGACGCAUCUGGCAACCGAACGAUGUUGGCAGAAGACAUCAAGAUCAACGUGAUUGAACGAUUGGUGCCGGCAGAGCUCGAGCGUCAUCUCGUUCUCAAUCGAGAUCGCUUCAAGACGUUCGAGUCCAUGCUGUCCGAGAUCCAGUCCUAUGUGGAACAUGCCACCGGCAACAAGAUCAAGGUGGUGAAUAGCCAGCCCUACGACGCACAUGGCCGUGGGGACGAUCCUAUGGAUGUCGGAAGCUUUGGAAAAGAUGCGAAGGGAAAAGGUAAGGGCAAGAAGGGAGCUGGAGGAAAACCUGGAAAGGGAAAUGCAACAGCUGAGAAGAGAACAUGUCACAACUGCGGACGCCCAGGACAUCUGCGGGCAGAUUGCUGGGCACCUGGAGGCCCCAAACAUAAGGGGACGGGUGGCAAAGGCAACAGCAAUCAGAAUAAGGACAAGGGCAAGGGCAAAGGCAGCCCCGGAAAGCACAAGCAGAAGCCCAAAGGAGGCAAAUCUGUGAACAAUGUCGAACAAGGUGAACCAGAAGCAGAAGACUGGGACGCAGCUGAUGGCGACGAUGGUCAACAAGCAGCAAAUGGUUUAACGCUCUAUGGUGUUGAUGGGCCACCACAUGACGAGGAUGACGACGAAAGUUUCCAGGUCGAUCCCGAGUCCGAGGAGUCGGAAGCCUCGACAAGUCGCAGAAGGUGGUUUUCUUUGCCUCACCCACGUGCGUCAUGGCCUGAAGAGUGGGACGACCCCGACUAUGAUGGACCGAGUGGAUCGAGCACCUCGAACGCCACAGGGAAGACCCAAGAGGGGCAGAAGUCCAAAGAGCUCAGCACCAAAGAGAGGCAAAGCAAGCAGAUCAGGGCCAGUCACUCCGGAGUCAGCACUCCGACGCUUUCGAAUGACUUCGAUGACACCACCACCAAGGAGAAGGUUGAGGUGAAGCCACCACCACCUGUCAAGGCAUCAUCGGCAGCUUCGACUUCAGGUUCUCGACUUGUCCAGAUGCUGAAGGCUGCGCUGAGUUCACAAAUCCGCAAAGUCCAAGAAGAAGAUCCUGGUUCAGGAGAUGGCCAGGCAGAUGCGAUGUUAGCGGCUUUGAGGACUAGAUCUGUCAAGGCACCGCACAUCACAAAGCAGAACAUCAGCGAUCCUUCUUUCCACGACUCGAGAUACCAUGCCGAGAUUGCCAAAGGUGUUGCACACAAUGUGGCCUGGAGAAAUGAACGUUUGAGAAGACGUGCAAUCGUCCACCGACGAGGAGGAGUCAAGGCACGUGCGGCUGAAAGGAUUCGACUUGACAAAGAAUGGCAUGAACGCUUUGACAACCCAGAAAAUCCAGAAGGCAUAGUGGGAAUCGAGGAUGAAGACAACUUGGAUGCGGGCAUCGAGACGGUGGUUGUGGGCAAAGCUGGUCAGAGCACAGUGAUAGAGUUUUCAGCGGAAGAGCGGAAAACCUUGAGGCAGUUCCCGGACGACGAGGCCAAGUUGCUGCAGAAGGACCCCAAGAAGAAACCCAUGACCAAGCGUGUUCGAAGCGUUGGGUACAGGGUGAAGAAGAAUCGCAACCGCAAUGUGGCGCGCAAGAUGGCGAGGAAGAACCGACCAGCCUUGGUUCUGAAGGAAAACACUGAAGUGAACGCAGAUGAAGAUGAUGAUGAAAUGGAAGAGGUCUACAUCGAAGAGCCUGAUGAGCCUCGAGACCGACCAGGCAGAGGAGACCCCGAUGGUGGAGCUGGAUCGGCUCCUGCUGCAGUCUACAGCUUGGGGGCCUCUGACGACUGGCGAAAAUGGGAACGAGCAGAGUUGAACAUCGACACCGGUGCUGCCAUCACUGCAGUACCACUUGACUUCGCCAAGGACUACCCGAGGAGCGAGUCCAAUGGAGCAAGCUACAAGGCAGCCAAUGCGGAACCCAUCGAAGAUCAGGGAAGUGUGAAGCUGGUGGGAUACGACGAAUCUGGCAACAAGAUCCCAAUCGAUUGCCGAGUUGCAGAUGUGCAUCGGCCACUUCUUUCAGGUUCCGAGAUCGCCAAGAACUACCACAUCGCCCUUGGACCAUCUUCGGGGAGAUUGAUCCCAAGAAACACUCCUGCGGGACGGGCCUAUUCGAAGGCCAUGAAAGAUCUGAUCCGAGAUUAUGGCGAUUCAAUGCCCAUUGUGCACAAUCGCCGAGGAGUAAGACCACAAAUCAACGCUGUUGGCGAGGAUCCAGCUGUUUCAGCCGGAGCCGAUGCCAUGGAAGAUGGAGGCGAUGUUUCAGCCGCUUCGGCCGGAGCAGGGUCCUCAGGCGAUGUUCCAGCUGCUUCAGCCGGAGCAGAUGCCUUUGAAGAUGAAGUUGAUUUGGAAAUCGGUGAAGAACAGAGGAAAGCCAUUGUGAAGAAAGAACCACAUCAACCAUCCCAAGCUGAAGUUGACGAACAUGAAAGCACUGGACAUGUUGUCCAUCGGAGCUGGUGCUUGCACUGCAAAAGGGCACGUGUGACUGCUGAUCGCCAUGUGCCUAAGGAACUUGAUGAGCCAGAAACGCAGUUGCCCACGCUGAGCCUGGACUACUUCUAUAUGAACCAGGACCAGGUUGCGGAUGAGGCGACCCUUCCGAGCAUUGUGGUGAAGUGCCACAAGACCAAGAGAUUUUGGGCGAGCGUUCUCCCGGGAAAAGGGGCGGAUGCGUUCGCAAUCGCGCCGAGGGCCAAUCGUGGGGGCAAGAGAAAUGACCUUGCUCCAAGGGUAUCCAUUGGGAUGUACGUUGGAACUGGAAACAGAAAUUCAGACGUCUUUGUCAUGACGGAACGUGGAAUCAUGAAGGGGAACUCGAUCCAUCGACGCCCACCUGACGAUCAGUUCAAACAUGAUCAGUUUGACUCGCUACGUGGCCUUCCUUGGAGGUUGCAAGAACGAGAACAUGGUGGACUGAGGAUCGCCCUUCCCGAUGUUGCAGCGCCUCGUGAAAGGCCUGCAGUGCAAGAAGUGAUCCCAAGGAACCUCUAUGUCACCAAGAAUGACUUGGAAAAGCAUGGGCACACACCUUUGUGUCCUGGAUGUGAAGCAGCAAUACUUGAGAUGCCAAGCCGAGCUCACAAUGCUGAGUGCAGACAAAGAAUCCAGAUCGAACUUGACAAGACUCCAGAAGGUCAAGAAAGGAUCAAAAGAGCGAGAGAGAGAGUUGCACAAGGCAGGCGCCCAAGAGGCGCGGCUGCACCGCCUGAGGGUGGUGGGGCAGAAGGUGGUGAAGCUACACCACCAGUUGUCCCAGGAGGGGAAGUUGAACAACCAGUCUUGCAAGACCGUGUUCCUUUGGAUGCGGAAAUGGAUGCAAGUGAGGCUGUUGGUGAACCACUGGUCGACACCGAUUUUCGUGGAGAACUCAGACAGAGAGAACAAGAAAGAGAAGGAAGCCCAAAGAGGCAGAAACAAGAACAAUCCCGAGGAGAGAAAAGGAGUUCACAAGUCGACGUUGAAGAUCUUUACAAUGAAUCUUCAGCUCAGGCUUCAGGGUCAGCCGGACCACCGGCACCGGAUGCUUCAUCUGGUGUUCCGGAAGGUGCUGCCGCUGCACCAACAAGUCCUGAGACAAGCCAGGAGAUGCUACAUCUGUGUUCCUUGCUCAAAGAUGUGAUCGCAAAAGGGAAGGUUGCUGAGAUCUUCUCUCCACCGCGUGUGGCUGCACAAGCCCAAGUGGUCGGGCUAGCACCUGGCUUCUCGAUUGACUUGGAGACAAAGCGUGGUGAUGGAACUCGCUGGGACUUGAGUAAAGAUGAACACAUUCGUGAUCUGUUUCAACUGCUUGACUAUGAGAAACCAGAGUUCCUCGGCGGCUCACCUCCCUGUGGGCCAUUCUCGAAGCUGCAAAACAUUGUGGAUGCGAAGGGCAAUGUUUCACCUGAAGUUCGAGCGCAGAGACUAAAAGAUGGUCGCAAACAUCUGCGCACGGCAGUUUCAGCGUAUGAGCAUCAAAUGAAUGCUGGAAGGUACUUCUACCAUGAGCACCCUAAAGGGGCCGCUUCGUGGGAAGAGAGAGCUGUGAAGAGACUGAGGGCAGAUGAACGGGUGUAUGAGGAGGAGUUUUGGAAGCAGCUGCCCGACAGCGAUGACACCAUCGUGGAGCCAGUGCUUGACGCACACUCCGGUGCUGUCUUGGAUGUUGACAAGGUCAGAGCCUCGAGCACUCUUCAGAGCACGAUCAGCUUGAGUUCCGGUGAAGCGGAAUACUACUCGAUCGUUCGAGGAGUUUCCAUCGGAAUGUCGCUACAGGAGAUCUUGCGAGGAUGGGGCCUACAACAAAAACUUAAAGUGCACACAGAUUCAUCCGCUGCGCUGGGAACAUGUAACCGUCAGGGCUUAGGCCGCUCACGGCAUGUUCAAACUCGCUUUCUGUGGGUGCAAGAAAAGCUUGCACUACAUGAAUUCGAACUGGUGAAGAUCCCGACAAAGCAGAACGUAGCUGAUUUGUGCACCAAAGGUUUACCUGCGAAUGAGAUGGAAAGACACAUGCAAAGCAUGGGGUUCGAGUACUCUCAUGGUAGAGCCGAAGCUGCAAAGGCUUUGGAAUGA